AUGGAAAAAAUUCAAAUUAUUUUACUUUCAUUACUUCUUACUAGCCUAAUCUUAAUUUCUCCUACACUAGGAGCCCUUAAACAAGGUUUUACAACCGAUCUUAUACACCGUGACUCUCCAUUGUCUCCAUUGUACAACCCUUCCCUAGACAAAUGGGAACGUGUAAGGAAGUCCAUACAACGUUCGUUCUCUCGAGUCAGUCGAUAUAGCCUAACAUCAUCGGUGUCUCUUAACGACGUUGUGUCCGAAGUGAAGCCUGCUAGAGGGGAGUAUCUCAUGGAGGUGUACUUAGGUACUCCACCAGUUAAACAACUUGGGAUAGUUGAUACCGGAAGUGACCUUAUUUGGACACAAUGCCAACCUUGUACAGAAUGUUUAAAACAAAAACUUCCCAUUUUUAACCCUAGAAGGUCCACCACGUACAAAGUCCAAAGUUGUGAGUCCAAAGCGUGCCAGGCUUUGGACCCUAACCAAGCCUCGUGUAGUACAAGAGACACUUGUGAGUACACUUAUACGUAUGGAGACCAGUCCCAUACUCAUGGGGAUGUGGCCGCGGAAACCUUGACUUUUAAGUCUAGGACCCGCGGUAACUCAUCCUCAUUCCCUAAGAUUUCCUUUGGUUGUGGUACUGAUAACUCUGGAACUUUUUCAGAAGAGGGAUCUGGUUUAAUUGGUCUAGGGGGUGGGCCACUUUCAUUGGUUUCCCAACUAGGCUCGUCGAUUGUGGGUAAAUUCUCCUAUUGCCUAAUCCCCUUAGCCGUCGAUGGGAACUUCACAAGUAAAAUUAAAUUUGGGACAACAGGAGAAGUGUCGGGACGUGGUGUUGUCUCCACACCCCUAGUCCAAAAGAGUCCCGAAACAUUCUAUUUCCUUACUUUAGAAGGAAUAAGCGUUGGUAACGAAAGAAUACCCUUCGCUAGUUCCAAACGUUCUCCUUUAUCCACCAACAAUUACGGGAGUGAAGAGGGUAACAUAAUAAUCGACUCAGGUACCACAUUGACCCUUUUGCCCGAGGGUACGUACAGCCAGUUAUCCAAUUCCGUGAAACGGGUUAUUCGAGGCACACCCGUGUUGGAUCCAUCCGAGACAUUGGACUUGUGUUACAAAGCAAGUAGAUCCCUUAAGUUACCAAAUUUAACAGCACACUUUACAGGGGCGGAUGUACUGUUGACGCCGGAUAAUACAUUUAUUAAUGUAUCAGAAGAUGUGGUGUGCUUUGCUUUUGUAGCAGCACAAGAUAUUUCAAUCUUUGGUAACGUAGCUCAAGCUAACUAUUUGGUGGGAUAUGAUCUUGAAGAAGGGACAGUCUCCUUUAAGCCUACUGACUGCACUGAGGGGCAGUAA